AUGGCCUCUAAUCCACCGGAGCAUUUCCCGCCUGCUCGCGUCAUCCCUCCCCUUAACCCACCCCACCGCCAAACUAUCAUUCUCCUCCACGGCCGUGGCCUCAGUUGGUCCACGUUCGGGGUUGAUCUCCUGUCCACCGAGUUCCACGCCUUUUAUCCGCUAGAUCCCGCAACAGCAAGCAUGAUAGAGGGCGAGGGGAAUCUGAAACAAAGAGCCGUGCCCCUUCGCACGCUUCAAACACGCUACCCUCAUGCCAAGUUCAUCUUCCCACUUGCCCCGCGCGGUCGGGCCACCAUAUACGCUCGUAGCAUGAUCCACCAGUGGUUCGAUGGGUGGCACCUAGCUCCCCCCGUUUCCCCGGAAUCCGAAGACGAGUCUUCUGAGGACGGACUUCUCGAGUCUUCCUCCGAGGUGUAUGCCGCGUUUGACAUCGGAACGAAUUCCGAGGACGGGUUUGAGCCUAACUCUGGGGCCCAAACCCAGUCCCAGAAAGCCCACAUGCAUCAAAAUCAACAUCAACACCACCAGAAGCACGAUAAACAGAAUCACAAUAAACUACAGCAGCAAAAACACCACCACCACCACCACCACCACCAACGCCGCCGAGAAGCCCAAGAAGAAUGGCGCAGCAUCCCCGGCCUCCAAGAAACCAUCACCUAUCUACACAACCUCAUCCGACAGGAAGCCGCCCUCCUCAAUGGCAGUCCCAGUUCCACCGCCAGUUCCGACAACACCACCUGCAACCCCCAACACGGCACGCAGAACAUCGUCCUGGGCGGCCUCAGCCAGGGCUGCGCGGCAUCACUCGCGGCGCUCUUACUUUGGGACGGUGAGGCGUUAGGCGGGUACUGGGGGAUGUGUGGAUGGCUGGUUUUUGAGAGCGCGUUGAGGGGGGUUGUUAAUGCUGGGAGCAGGGGGGGCUCUAGGGGUGGAAGUGGGGGUGAACGUGGGAGCAAAGCCGGGGAAGAAGUUGAAUUUGAUCCUUUUGAACGGAGCGAGGAUUACGACGAUGGGGAAGGGGAGGAGGAAGGGAUAGAGAUGAGUGUCGAAGCUAAGAUGGUGAGGGCGUUGAAAGAGGAGCUGGAGUGGGGGACCACAACGAGAGGCACGUCGUCGAUGGCUCGGCCCAAAGUGUUUGAUACACCCGUGUUUCUCGGCCACGGUAUUGAAGACGACAAGGUCCCCGUCGGGCGAGGGAAGGAGGCAUCCGAGUGCCUAAGAGCGGCUGGGAUAGAGGUUGAGUGGAAGGCGUAUGGAGGUCUUGGUCACUGGUACUCUCCACAAAUGUUGACUGAUAUGGUGUCUUUUACAACACCUCUAUCAGGUUGGUAA